AUGCCCCCAAAUUCCGAUCCGGAAAUAUAUGACGGGCCUCGGAUCAAGAUUCCCCUUGCCUCGUCAAUCGAGCCAACGGUCGAUAUUUGUUCGGGCGUAAACUUUACGCCGAAAAAGCCGCAUUGCGAAGGUCGCGCCUAUUUUUCGGAUGGAAAUUCAUGCUCCAAUUUCACCCCACUGAAGAAACAUGUUUCGUUUCCCGAGAACCACCCAUUUGCCGAUCUGAAUGGCACCGCGUUUUUGAAGCAUUCGCUGUUGUUGAUGACACCCAUUUCGCCAAUCGACUCCAAAAACAAUGGCCUGCUUUCGGACAUCGAGUCUGAAGUACUUUUUUCAUCCAACAGCCAACAUGGCGCCUGUUUUUACGAAAACUCAAAGUCGGAUAUUUCGUAUUGCGAAAUUUAUCCAUUUGCCGAUGAUGAUGCGACCAAAUUCGCGGAAUCCUCGUCGGUGCAAAAAUUAAACGCACUUUUUGGCGAAGAAACGACCGAUGACACGCCGCGUUGGGCUCUUUUUUAUAUCCUCAUGUUCUACGAGACAUCACGGAGACGUAUCUAA